ACCUCCUCCUCCUCCUCCUCCCUCUCGUCGUCUCUCGUCGUUGCCCGCCGCCGUCCUUCGCUGAUCUCCAACCCCUUUACGAGACCGCAUCGGGCGAGGUAUUGCCGUCUUGAACCGGUAGGGACGCUUGCGGCUUGCUUUUCCCUGGUGGCCGCCUUUACUGGACUGUCACCGUCCACCCCGAGGCUGAAGUGCCUGAUCCCCCAUCUCUUUAUUUGGUGCGCAAGCAGCGCUGGCAGCGUCCGCGCUGACUCCGACCUGUACUUACGACCGUAGCGGCGACGUGUUGCUAUAGAAAUGCAUCACCAUCCAUAAACCAUAGGCGAGGCUGCUGCGGCGUUCGCUCCAUUCAUCCAGCAUCCUCAUUCUUUUCUCAUCUCCCACCUAUUUGCUCACCGAGGCUCUCUGGUCCACUUGUCUCGUGUUCCACUAGCCAGACAGCACAGCCAGCAGGUGCAACGAUGGACAAAGCCCAGGAGCUCGUGCGCAUGGUCGCGCGUGCCUUCUACGACACUGAAGCCGUUGUCAUCGUCGACGCCUUGGUACGCCACGUCGCGCUCAGCCUCUCAGAUAUAUACUACGUCUUUCAGAACAGCGCCAAGCAGAAGGGCCAGAUCCCGAACUGUCUAGGUCAGCUGCGCCUUGGCGGGCUGAUCACCGAGUUCUCCCGCGAGGAGAUCAAGGCAAACGCCCAGAAACCUACAAAGGUCACAUAUUACUACAUCGAUUACCGGCAUGCUGUCGACGCCACGAAGUACAGGCUGCACACGCUUGGUGCGAAUUUGCGUAAGGAGGCUGAGCCGACGGAGGAGCGCAAGGACUACAGAUGUCCGCGGUGCAAGUCAGAGUUCAAGGUGAUUGACGUGAUGGAGCGCUCGUCCGCAGACGGGACGACAUUCCUCUGUCUGACGUGCGACCACGAUCUUGACUACAUUGAACAGGACGCUGAAGACGCUGAGACGACCGGUCCUGUGGGCGCCUUCAACAAGUCACUCGGCUGGCUCAUCAACUUGUUGCAGGAUAUCGACAAGGUGACAAUCCCGGCCACAACGUCUGAAGGCGCCUUCGCCGCGCGCGAGGAGAUCCCACGGCCCAAAGCCCCUCUCGAAGGUCCCAAAGUCGAAACUACGUCAGUGCCGUUGUCGCGUCCCACGGCGGUCAAAGGCAUGGUCACGGGCCCCGCCAAGGUUGAGGUCAUCAUCACCUCUGACGCGGACAACACGGCAGCGGCACAGGUGAAGGCAGCUGAGCAAAAACAGCGGCUCGCAGCGCAGAAUGCACUGCCAGAGUGGCACACGCACAGCACCAUAUCAAACGAGAUGACAGCGUCCGGCGCGCGCGAAGAGGCUGCGCGGCGAGAGAGAGAAGCUGAGCUGGGCAUGCUGAUUGCGGACACGACGGAUGAGAAGAAGACCGUCGAUAAGGAUGAUGGGCUGGCGGACAUAUUUGCCGAGAUCGAGGCCGAGCAGGCGCAGGAGCGACUGAAGAGGGAGCAGCAGGACGAGGAAGAGGAGGAAGACGACGAGGAGGACUUUGAGUUCGAGGACGUGCCUGCAUCCUCGGUCGCGGCCAACAAUUCAAACGGCGCGGAGUUGCCAGAAGCGAAGCGACUGAAGAUGGACGUCGACACGCCGGCCAGUCAGGCCACUGGUUCAGGAGAGGCGGAGGACUCAGAAGAGGAGUUUGAGGACGUGUGAAAGAUCACGCUGGCUCAGUAGGAGGCUAAGUUGUGUUUGCGCCUACUGCUUCAGAUGCUAGAGCUUCUCGUCUUCGGUUUCGAGCUGCUGCAAUGUGAACACCCCCGCCCUGCGAGAGUUGAAGACGUGCUUGUCCGAACAAUGGCUCAGCGGGUACGGGCUCAGACUUAUACGUUGCGCAUGUACGCUCCAUGUCUCGAAGAUGGACGGAUCGCGACACGGAGAGGAUAGAGAAGAAGAUAUCAAUUAUGUAGUAGCUUGCGUGCUUGCUUGAUUGCCUGCACUGGCCGGUCGAAUAGUUCGGUUCAGGAUUGAUAGAGACUGAGUAGAUGACACCGAUUCCUGGGAAAUGGAUGAAAACGGCAAUUAUUGGCAUGUCGUACCCAUGAUCAUAGAUUGUUUGCUGGAACGGUUUCUUCCUCGCCAUGGAUCUGCGGCUCUUGAUAAUCGUG